AUGCCGCUGCCUGCCCUGCUCUGCCUCUGCGCGGCCGCCGCCGCCUCCUUCACCAGCCGCGGCGACUACCGCCUGGCCGGCCUCUUCCCGAUGCACGCCCCGGCGCCGCGGGCCGCCGCCCGGCCGCUGGUGGACGGCUGCGACGAUGCCGCCACCUUCAAGAGCCACGGCUACUGCCUGUCUCAGGCCAUGCGCUUCGCCGUGGAGGAGAUCAACAACUCCAGCGCCCUCCUCCCCAACGUCACCUUGGGCUACGACAUCUACGACACCUGCUCAGAGCCCGCCAGCCUCCACGCCACGCUGCGCGCCCUCGCCCGGAAAGGCGGGCGGGAGGUUGAGGUGCUCCCCACCUUCCGCUGCUACGAGCCCGAGGCGGUGGCCGUCAUUGGGCCCGACAGCACCCGGCUGGCCCUCACCACAGCAGCCGUCCUAGGCGUCUUCCUUGUACCGGAGAUUAGCUACGAAGCCUCCUUGGAGACGCUGAGCCUGAAGCGGUUCUACCCCUCGUUCCUGCGCACCAUUCCCAGCGACAGGCAGCAAGUGAAGGCCAUCUUCCUGCUGCUGCAGCGGUUCGGGUGGACUUGGGUUGCUCUGCUGGGCAGCGACAACGACUAUGGCAGGGACGGCUUAGAUGCCCUCUACAAGCUGCUGACCGCAAGCGACGUGUGCGUUGCCUACCGAGGCAUCAUCCCUGUGAACAAGGACGCCGGCAGCCCGGAGCUCCACAACCUGGUCAGAAUCCUCAUGGACGUCAGGGUCAAUGUCACCGUUGUCUUCUCCAACAGACGAACUGCCCACCCUUUCUUUGAGGUGGUGGUCCAGAAAAAUGUCACGGGCAUGGUGUGGGUGGGCUCCGAAGACUGGUCGUUAGCCCAAACAAUCUGGCAGGUGCCUGGCAUCCAGAGUAUCGGCUCGGUGAUUGGGAUAACAGUUGAGAAGACAGAGUCCACAAUGCUGGAACGCUUUGAAUCUUGGAAGAUGGCAGAGGAGAGCGCUGUGGCUGAAUGUGCUGGCAGCACGGGGGCAGGCGAGGGAAUCGGGUGGAGCACCCAGCUGGACUGCACCCAGCGCUGCACCGGCUGCCACUCGCUUGCUGCUGCCCCUGACAUGUACGAUGCUCCAGCCUCCUUCAACGUGUACUCAGCUGUGUACGCCGUGGCCCAUGGCCUCCACAACCUGCUGGGCUGCGCCUCAGGGGGGUGCAGCAAAGGCACAGUCUACCCCUGGCAGCUCCUACAAAAAAUCAAGCAAGUAAACUUCACCCUGUACAAGAGCCGCAUCUCUUUUGAUGCCAACGGAGACAUUCAUAAAGGCUAUGACAUCAUCAUGUGGAACUGGAGCGGUGCAAGCUGGGCUUUCAAUGUGAUAGGAACUUUCAGCGUGAAUCCUGACAGCCUGAGCAUUAACCAAGGCAAAAUCCUGUGGCACACAAAAGAUCGCCAGGCUCCCACCUCGGUGUGCUCUGAGGUCUGUCAAGCUGGGGAGAAGCGGCUGCAGCAGAGCCGCCACCGAUGCUGCUUCAGCUGUGUGGCCUGUCCGGCAGGAACCUUCCUGAACAGAUCGGACCUCUACGGCUGCCAGUCCUGCGGGGUUGAUGAGUGGGCCCCAGCAAGGAGUGAAGCUUGCUUCAACCGGACUGUCGAGUUUCUGUCCUGGUCCGAGCCCAUCUCCUGGGCACUGCUGACCCCCACCAUCCUCCUCAUGCUGGUCAUGGCAGGGCUGGCCAUCCUCUUCGCCCUGAACGCUUCCACGCCAGUGGUCAAGUCUGCAGGUGGGAAGAUGUGUUUCCUCAUGCUGGGGUCUCUGGCCUGCGCCUGCAGCAGCCUCUUCUGUUACUUUGGGGAGCCCACCUGGCACACAUGCCUGCUGCGGCUCCCCCUCUUUGCCAUCAGCUUCACCAUCUUCCUCUCGUGCGUGGCGACACGCUCCUUCCAGAUCAUCUGCAUCUUCAAGCUGAAUGCGCGCUGGCCGGCCCUCUACGAGGCCUGGCUGCGGCGGAGGGGACCUGUGCUCUUCAUCGCCGCCAGCACGGCGGCCCAGGCGGUGCUGUGCCUGGCCUCGGAAGCCGCCAGCCCCUCGGCGCCGCGCAGGGAUUACGGCGUGUCGGCUGAGCGGGUGGUGCUGGAGUGCGGCCCGAGCGCCGCGGCGAGCAGGACUGCCGCCGUCGCCUACACUGUGUUGCUCAGCGCCUGCUGCUUCGCCCUCAGCUACGCGGGCAAGGACCUGCCCGCCAGCUACAACGAGGCCAAGUGCCUCACCUGCAGCCUGCUCCUGCACCUCGCCUGCUCCGCCGCCGUCCUCUGCACGCAGGGCGCCUUCCGCGGCCGGGAGGAGGCGGCGGUCCGGGUGCUCAGCGCCCUCUGCACGCUCGGCGCCCUGCUGGGCGGCUACUUCCUCCCGAAGGCCUUCGUCAUCCUGCUACGGCCGCGCCUCAACACGCCCGAGCACUUCCAGAUGGCGAUCCAGCGGUACACGCGGCGCCUGGCCGACGCCUGA